CACCAUUUGCGUUUUAGGUUACAAAAUAACGUCAUGUUAUGCUAGUUAUAUUUUUUUCAUUUUAUAUUUUAAUGCUUUACCCGUCGUUUUAAAAAUCUCAUUUCUCUAAAUCGAUGAGUCAUUGCAUCGAAUGAUUUGAUGUCAUAAGUAAGCAAUCUAGUCGUUUAAGUUGAAUACAUUUCAAGAAUGGAUUGAGAGUAGGAAAUUGUAGUGAGACAAAAGUUAAAAUGCCCUGUACCAAAUGUAACACGGAAUUCACUUUGCUAACAUGGAAAAUAAAGUGUUCCGACUGUGAGAUGUAUUAUUGUACAAAGUGUUUAAGGAAAACACAAGGAGUCUUAUACUGUGAUAAAUGCGUGGUUUUAAACAAAAGACCUCCCGAACGGGAAAAGUUAAUGGAGUUGAGAUCGAAAGAUUUGCAAGACUAUUUAAAUAAGAAUCAUAUAUCCACUCACGGUUUAGUCGAGAAAUCUGAGCUAGUUGAACUGUUUUAUAGACGUGCAAUUCCCGCAGGUAAUAAAAAAAAUCAAAGUCGUUUGGCAUCGGUUUUAAGCGGUUCCGUGCCCAACAUCGCAGCACAAGGCCAAGACCAAAUCAAUCAACUCAAAUCCAACAUAAACAACAUGCGAAGCUACGCAGAAAGUACACUUCACAAUUUAGGUAGAAAGAUCGGUCCUCAAGAGGCCGAGCAAAACAAUUUUGCCUUCGAAGGCCAAACUUUUCACACUUUCCUCAAUACUGAAGUGCCGUUCGGGCAACAAAACAAUGUUUCUGUCAACACAUCCGUACGAACCGAGACCUAUAUGGAUAACUCUCAGCCGACAAGUUCAAGCAACCAACAAGCGACUCAUGUGGAACCUACGCCACCAACUAAGUAUCCAAAACUGUCCGAUUUUAAUAGCAUAGAACAAUUGAAUGAGUUGUCUAUAAAACAAUUGAAGGAAUUACUAACUUUGAAUAGGGUUGACUUUAAAGGGUGCGUCGAGAAGUCAGAACUUUUAGAUCGUGCACAACGCUUGUGGCUUGACAAUAAUCAGUACAAAGAUAAAGCAUUCGAAGAUGCCAAUGUUGAAAAUUUAUGUAAAAUCUGCAUGGACGCGCCACUCGAUUGUGUUUUGCUAGAAUGCGGUCACGUUGCUACUUGCAUACAAUGCGGUAAACAACUGGCAGAAUGUCCGAUUUGUCGGCAGUUUGUCAGUAGGGUGGUGCGAACUUUUAAAGCGUGAGUUAUUAAAAUUAUUAUGUGUAGGUAUUAUUAUGUAGUUACGAUAAGGUCGAAAUAAAUUCUGCAAAUUGUUAUGUUUUAAAAAUUUAAACUCUGUAUGUAAAUGGUAUUAGAUUAAAUUCAAAUGCUGGUGAUAAAUAUGGUAAUUAGUAGAAUUUUUCUUAAAUAUUUGUGAUACACUAAUUUGAUGUAAAGAUUACCGAUUACUGUCUGUGUUAUAAUGAUUAGUAAUAAAAUUAUUUUAUUAGCCAUCUGCUGUCAACACACUGGGGUUUCUGUUCUCUUAAGAGUUGCAGAAUCAUUAUUUUUGGAGCACCCUGUGCACUUUUAUAUAUAAGUACUCACUAAAUAAAUCGUCACUUGCUUCCUGUACGUACACAUUUUGAAUAUACUGUGCCCAGGGUCGGCAACCUAUUGAAACGGAAGAGCCAAAUGUUACAAUUAACAAAAUUUCCCAGUUUUUAAAGAGCCAUUAAAAUAUUUGAUUCAAUAUUAUAGUAUUUGGUUAUAUACCUGCAACAAUGCAUCGGUCUUUUCUAGCUGAUACCUGGUAAAAAAUAUUUUUAAAAAUCUUUUGUGCAAAUGUCAACUAUACAGGGUGGUGACUUGC